AUGGGCCUUCAGAAGACAUACUCCAUCAGAAUGGCCCUCAACUUUAGCUCAAUAAAGUUGAGUAAAUGGCAGAUUGCGUUAUUUAUUGGCACGCCCCUGGCCAUCGGCCUGGGCACUUAUGUGGUCAGACGGAUGAACGCCACGCCUGGCGGCGAGUCUAAGGGCGAGGAAAAUAAACGGUCCAAGGGAAAAAUCGAGAAGCAAGCGACGUCCAUUGACGGAACAGCGCCGGACAAGGAACUGGAGCGUAAGCAGAAAUCUGCCGAGCUGGGCGAGAAACUGUCUCCCGUUAAGGAGGCCAACAGCUACAAGAACGAGGGCAACAAUUGCUAUCGCAAUGGCAAGUACGACGAGGCCAUAAUCUUCUACGACAAGGCCAUUGACAAGUGCCCACCGCAGAACGGCGCUGACAUGGCCAUCUUUUACCAGAACCGCGCCGCCUCUUACGAGAAGCUACAAAAGUGGAACAAAGUGAAGGAAGACUGCUCCAGCUCCUUGGCAUACAAUCGUCGCUAUGCAAAGGCCUACUUCCGACGCGCUCGGGCCCACGAGGCCACAAAAGACAUGCUGGAGUGCCUGAACGACGUCACUGCCACCUGUAUAUUGGAAAUGUUCCAGAACAACCAGAGCAUCAUGUAUGCGGAUCGUGUGCUCAAAGAGACGGGACGCACGGAUGCCGAUAAGCAUAUGCGCGACCGGGUUCCAGUAGUGCCCUCCACGUCCUUUAUCAGAACAUAUUUGCAAUCAUUUGUCGGAGAUCCACUGCAGACUAUAAACGUGCCGCCAUCGACUGUGGCGGAGACACCGGCGCGCGGUUUCCUGCGAGCCCUUAGCGCCUUCCGCGAGGAGAAGUUUGAUGACGUUAUACCUGCCUGCACAGAGGAAAUCGAAUCCUCUGAGUCCGAAUCCCAGUACAAGGUGGAGGCCCUGCUAUUGCGCGGCACAGUCCAUCUUCUUUGUGGCACCUACACAGAGAGCAAACCAGACUUUGAUGCCAUAAUCGGCAAUGUCGAUGCGGAUGAGACAAUCCGCGCCUAUGCCUACCUGAGGCGUGCCUCCCUCUAUAUGCAGGUGAAUAAGCGCGAGGAAGCCCUGGCCGAUUUCGAUGCAGCAGAGAAGCUGAAGCCCGACAAUCCCGAUGUGUACCAUCAGCGUGCCCAGAUCCUGCUGAUGUUGGAUAGCAUUGAGCCAGCCCUGGAGCAGUUCGACAAGGCUGUGCGUUUGGCCCCCAACCAUGCCAUCGCUUUCGUCCAGAAAUGCUAUACCGAGUACCGUCUGGCGCUCAUGUCCAACAACCAGCUACGGCUGGAAAAUGUGGUCCGCCAACUGGAGCAGGCAAUCGAACAGUUUCCCACGUGCGUGGAGUGCUACAGCAUGUUGGCCCAGGUGAUGGCCGACCAGCAGAAUUUCCACCAGGCGCAGCAAUACUAUGACAAGGCCACAAAGUUGGCGCCCACAAAUGCGUCCCUGCUUGUUCACCAGGCUGUCAUGACGCUGCAGUGGCGUGGCGAUGUUGAGUCUGCUGUCGACACGCUCAACAAGGCAAUUCAGCUGGAUCCCAAAUGUGAGCAGGCCUACGAGACGCUCGGCACCGUCGAAGUACAGCGGGCGAACCUGAAGCGAGCUGUUGAACUCUUCGAUCAGGCAGUUCGCUAUUCCAAAAGCUUUGAGGAGGUCGUCCAUGCCUACUCGCUGCGCAAUGCGGCCAUUGCUCAAAUCAAUGUAACCAAGAAUCUGGGCAUCGACAUGAACGCCAUCUCGGCCAUGAACCAAAUGUACGGCACGGGAGGCAUGUAGAGUAUUUAGCGGCAGAUAUGUGCAUUUAGCAAUUGGCAUGCCGGACACACCACCACCGGAAAGCAGACCCAGUUAUUUGUAGCUAAGUUGAUCCUGUUAUUUAUAUAUAUAAAAAACGAUAGCUUGUUUUUUCC